AUGGGUGUCAAUGGUGCCACCAAAGGAAAGGGUGGCCGGAAAGGAAAGCGGCCUGGCAAAGCGUCGGAUGAGACGGUGAGCCCCGCAUUGCUGAAUAGUUUCAUCAAGAACUCCUGGACGAUCGACACCCUCUUCCAGAACUGCUCGCAGUACCUAGCUAAGUUCAACCACAUCCACGUCUCUGCUUGCUGGAACAAGCUUGGGCACCUUGCCAGGGACUCAGAGCAGUGGUUUCUUGAUCCGAGCAAUAAGCCAGCGCUCGAGUCCCUGGUACAGCAUACUCUCACGGUGGUCAAGGGCCCAGAGAUUGAGGCGCGCCAGCUGGCGAACAUUGUGCACGGCAUCGUGAAGAGCGGUGCGUGCAAGGCGCGCACCGAUUCCCUCGCGGCGUUGAUGACGGCCUUGGCGGCCGUGUUGCGCGAGCACCUUGGCAACUGCAACGCCCAGGAGCUUGCCAAUGUGGCCUGGGCUUUUGCGAAGGCAGGCCAUGCGGAUGCCGAGCUCUUCAAUGCCCUUGCUGCAGCCGCCCAGCAGCGAUGGUACCUUGACAACUUCAACGCGCAGGAAGCUGCCAACACCACGUGGGCAUUUGCAACCGCGGGGCAUUCCGACGGCAAGCUCUUCAAGGCUUUGGGGGAGCUCGUGGAGCAGCGCUUGGAGAGCUUCACCACACAGGGGCUUGCGAACACAGUCUGGGCCUUUGCCAAAGCAAACUUUCUGGAUGCCCGGUUACUCCGAAUACUGGGAAGCAUGGCGAGGCAGUCGAUCGACUCGUUUAACGAGAUGGACCUAGCCAACACGGCAUGGGCCUUUGCAAGGCUGGGACAGUUCGACUCGGAUCUCUUUGCGGCCUUAGCCAAAUCGGCGGAGUGGCACUUGGAGCAGAAGAGCUUCAACGCGCAGGGUCUCGCGAGCACCGUGUGGGCCUUCGCAAAGGCUGGCUAUCGCGAGGCAGCGCUUUUCGAGGCGUUCGCCAAGGCCAUCCGUCAACGCUUGGGAGGGAAGAUGGGGUCUGACUUCAACUCCCAGGACCUCGCCAACACUGCCUGGGCGUUUGCAAAGGCUUGCCACCUGGAUGAGGGGCUCUUCAUGGCGUUGAGUGUGGCAGCCCAGCAGUGCCUCGACGAGUUUAAUGCGCAGGAUCUGGGCAACAUAGCCUGGGCCUUUGCCAAGGCUGGCCACUUUGACGAGGAGCUGUUCAAGUCAGUUGCGAGAUCGUUUUGCAACGGCAAACGGAACUUGGAUGAUCUCAACGCACCCCAUGUGGCCAACAUUGCCUGGGCCUUUGCCAAGGCAGACGUGAAAUUGGAUGUCUCCCUGUUCAGCGCCUUGGCUAGGUCUGCAGCGCAGCGAGUUGGGGAUUUCUCGGCGCAAGAGACUGCCACUCUGGCAUGGGUCUUCGCCAGCGCAAACCAGCUUGAUCAAGGGCUCUUCACGUCUUUGGCAGACUCCGUCCUCGGCUGCCUGGAUGACUUCGAUGAGGAGGAGCUGGACAACAUGGAGUGGGCGUUCGCCCGUGCGGGUAAGAAGGGCAUCGUCAAGACCCUGCAGAAACGAAAGAAGUCGAGCGGCGCUGCUACAACGCUCACUGCCCUCGCUACAUCGGCUGUGCCCAAGUGUGGGCAAAUUGUAGUGGUUGGCGGGGGCAUUGGCGGGGCCGCCGUGGCCGUCGCGCUGCAAAACAAGGGCUUCGACGUGGUUGUGCUUGAAGCGGAUCCCAGCUUUGAUUCCCGAAAGCAGGGUUAUGGUUUGACAAUACAGGGUUAUGGCUCAACUACGCAGACUUUGGGCAUCGAGUUGGCUAGGGAUGAUGCUCCCUCCACGUCGCACUACACCUUCUCGCACGCUGGUGAAAUCUUGGGCUUCUUCGGGGAGGCAUUUGGCAGUACGAGCAAAGAUCGGAAGGAAAGCCAAAGCGUUUCUUCAGGUCGAUUUAUUCACAUCCCGCGUCAGCUGCUCCGCAAACGCAUCGUAGAGAAGCUGCACCCUGGCACGAUCCGGUGGAAUAGCAAGCUGAAGGGCUUCACAUGCUCCACGAAGGCCAAUAAGAGCAAGAAGAAUGGAGUGCGCAUAGCGUUGACUGACGGAACGACCCUCGACGCAGCUCUUCUGGUUGGGUCGGAUGGAAUCUUUUCAACAGUGCGGCGCCAACUGGCGCUGCCGGGAGAUCGGCUGAACUACGUUGGUUUGGUCGUGGUUCUUGGCAUCAUCACCGAGGAGGAGCUGCGUGUGCCACUGGCCCACCGCCGCAUCUUCGAGACGGUCGACGGGUGCACAAGAAUCUACGCCAUGCCCUUCACGACAGCCUCCACGAUGUGGCAGCUUUCCUUUCCGAUGGGCGAAGAGGCUGCCAAGAAGCUGUGCAAGGAUCAGGCAUCCUUGAAGGCCGAGAUUCAGCGCCGGUGUGGGGCGUGGCACAGCCCGAUUCCAGAGAUGCUUCGCGAGACGCCUUUGGACUCCUUCUCCGGCUACCCAGUUUAUGAUAGGGACCUCCUCGAGCCGGGCGCGCUGCGCAACUCCGAAGACCGGCUCCGGCGCGUGACGCUCAUCGGGGACGCCGCCCACCCCAUGACGCCCUUCAAGGCGCAGGGGGCCAACCAAGCCUUGAGCGACGCGGUCCUCUUCGCGGAGGUGCUCACUGAGAGCGUCAACAAGCACGGGGAGGCGGGCCUGGUAGAGGCCCUGCCCCUCUUCGAGGGGAAGAUGCUGGCGCGAUCGGCUCGGAUGGUGGUCGGGUCGCGCGAGAAGGCACGGGAGAUGCACAGCAAGCUGGCCUUGCAGCCCGCACGGAAAGUCCAGCGCGAGACGGGCCUGGAUCCGCAGAAGGCGAUCCGCCUCCUGCGCGAGAAGGGCAUUGGGGCCCAGUGCGGCGCGGACCCUCGGGGGCUGGAUGCCCUGGUCGCGGAAGCCAUCGCACAGCCCGGGGCGCCCCAGGCGGACGCAUCGACGCCAUCAGCAGCAAGGCGCGGCCGCAAGCGCGCGCGGGCUGUGCCAGUGGAGGAAGGUGAAGCGCAGGAGUCGCCAAAGUUACCCAGGGUUGAGCCCCAGCCUGCGCCCCCGCUAGCGCGGGAGCCACUCUGGGGGUACUUCGAUGCAGCGUGGCACAAGUGCUUUCUACUGGAGACGAAGAAGUCCGGGCGGCACAAGGUGCCGAAGGGUUGCGGUCUUCUGAGGCGAAAGCUGCAGACAUCCGACCCUAAACCCUAA